CCCUUGAAAACUGAUUACAGGUUGCUUAUCGACUCCGGCACAAUUCCACCCCAUUCUCGCAUAGAUCUUGGAGGGUUUAUAUCACAUACAUUAUUGAUCAUAUUUUAUAAACCCAACAGUACUCCCAUUUUUUUUUUCCACAUUACCAGGAGCCAGUGGGGAAGCUGGCUGCUGAUUGGAGCGGGCAAAAUCACGUGCCCCGGAGUCACAUGGUCAGGGAGGAAAAAGGGGGUCCUUUUUGGUGUAAAUCUGGAUUCUAAUUCCGUAAUAUAUCACGGUACCUCGUAAAACCGACACUAAAACGUCCCGGCCUACAAAUCACCCGGCCAAAGUAUGAGUUCAUUGUAUUAUGCGAAUGCUCUAUUUUCUAAAUAUCAAGCCGCAAGUUCAGUUUUCCCAUCCGGCGUCUUUCCUGAGCAAACUUCUUGCGCUUUUGCCUCCACUACCCCACGAACGGGGUAUGGGUCUGGUUCCAGCGCCCCGUUCGCUGCUGCCAUGCCUGGACUGUACGCCAAUGGGAGCAGCGUGCACCCCCAAACCUCUAGCAUGUAUUCCACCAGCUACGGCCUGGAAACCAGUUCUUUCAACAUGCACUGUUCUCCGUUUGAGCAAAACCUCUCCAUGAUGUGCCCGGGAGAUGCCUCCAAGCAGACGUGCAGCAAAACGGAUCAGAGGGACUCAGACUUGCAAAGCGAAAGCAACUUCCGGAUCUAUCCCUGGAUGAGGAGUACAGGGACUGACAGAAAAAGAGGACGUCAGACCUACACCAGGUACCAAACCCUGGAACUGGAGAAAGAAUUCCACUAUAACCGCUAUUUGACCAGAAGAAGACGCAUCGAAAUCGCUCAUGCUUUGUGCCUGACAGAGAGGCAGAUCAAAAUCUGGUUCCAGAACAGACGCAUGAAGUGGAAAAAAGAAAAUAAAACUGCAUGCACCGGUUCAAAUAGCCAGGAAAAACCAGACGCUGAAGAUGAUGAAGAAGAAUGAAAGGGAUGGGGUUUGGAUGAAGGGGACUUUAGUCCAGAAAGCUACUCCAGGAAACGUGAAACCUAAACAUAAGGGACUAUAUAUAAAAAAAUAAAUGAAAUCAAAAUAAAAACAAGCCUAAAAUGAUGCAUUCUGUUUCCUGAUACUGAAAAAAAUACUACCUAUAUUACAGUUUUUUUUUGUACAAUAGAAUGGAUAAUAAUAUCUACCUAUUAAAUGUGGCUUUAGAGUCAGAUAGAUACAUUUUUCUAUGUGGGUCUUCCUAUAGUACAAGUAUUUGUAAAUCUCCCUGUUUGUAUUUCCUUGUGUACUUUUUUGGUAUGAAGUAAUGUGGUCGUGUUAGCACCUUUAAUUAGAAAAUGUGAUCUGAAAGUAUGAGGGGAAAUUAUACAUAACGUAUGUAGUACUCUGUACAUAAUAUGAAUUAUCAUUACCGCUUGUUCUGUUGUA